CCAGGUUAACUCGGAACAAAAAUCGUCUCCGGGCAUUUCACCGAGACAGCGAGGUGGAACCAAAGUGUUUGGCUGCUGUGCUGCGUCGGACGUUUCUGGAGUGCGGACGGGAAGCGACUGUGGUGAAAGAAUGGGUUUGAUGUCUGGCCGUUGACCAGUUAUGGUAUGAUGCCUUCACGUAAUAGUGCCGCCGCUGGGGUCUCCAGCAGCAAGGUGAAAUACUCCAAGCUCGCCGACAGCGAUGACGGCUACAUUGACCUGCAGUUUAAGAAGAAUGCUCCAAAGGUUCCAUACAAGGCAAUUGCACUGGCUGCUGUUCUCUUUCUGAUUGGCACAUUGCUGAUUACAAUUGGUGCUCUCCUGCUGACUGGAUACAUCGACAGUUCGUACAGUGACACGACCUGGCCAGUGCUGAUCAUCGGGAUUCUGGUUUUUCUUCCUGGCUUUUACCACCUUCGUAUUGCAUAUUACGCCUCCAGGGGAUACCGAGGUUACUCCUACGAUGACAUCCCAGACUUUGAUGACUGAAAGCGAUUCUUUCCUCUUGGCUGAGUGCUGCGUCUAGUUUGAUUCUAGACCUAGCAAUGAUAGAUUUAUCAAGGAUCUUCUGCUCACAGUGAAUGACAGCUACAAUGCUUUUGUCAGUGGUUGCUUUGCUCUGUUGCUAAUCAAAUUCGAGACACUCUGAUUCAAGUAUUUCUAAACAUUGAUUUUGAAGAUGUUUCCAAAGUACUUCUCAGUCUCUAUAAAGAUUUCUCUAGUUAUAAAUAUGACACCCAGGUGAGUUUCUGCCAAGUUGGUAUAUUCACUAUCUGAAUCAACCCUCACUGAAGCAAAAGGCGUUGGUCCAAUUCUUCCAGUUGCUUCUUCAACAGUGACAGCACUGGAGCAACCCAAAGGCAUAGAGCCCCAAUAUUGCAUCUCUGAGGCAAGAAAGGCCAUAACAAGACUAUCGAUUGAAGCUUUAAUUGAUUAGUUUCUAAUAGAAAAGCGAGAGUACUUUGAGUGAAAAACAUUGUUUUGGACUACCUUGUCCCCAUUAAUUACUGCUAUUCUUCAAUAUUGUUCACUUUUAUUUCGUUGAAUUUGUAUAUAUAUAUUCUGCCACAUUUAAUUUUAAUGUAUAAUCAGAUGUGUCGAUGUCACAAAAUUUGAGAGAUUUUUGUUAGUGUGAACUCUGUGGAUGAAAUUUUAAUAUUUCAUCCCCUUGAAACACACAAGUAUCUGCCUUUCUAUCUCAGUCGGAAGAUUGUGAUUUGAAUUUCUCAUUCCAGAGCGUUGCGCAGAAAGGUUUAGACUGAGUCUCCAAUGCGGCACUGGAGAAUGAGAUUAGCUUUAUUUGUCACAUAUAUAUCGAAAGAGACAGUGAAAUGCAUUGUUUACGCAGCCUGGAGAUGUGCUGGAGGUAGCCCGUGUGUGUCACUGUGCCGACGUAGCGUGGCCACAAUUUAUCACCCCUAACCCAUACGUCUUUUGGAAAGUGGGAGGGAACCGGAACACCCAGAGUAAACCCGCGCGAUCACAGGAAGAAUGUACAAACUCCUUACCGACAGCAGCACAGCGGGAAUUGAACCAUCAUCUUCCCAUUCCUGGCACUGUACAGCGUUAUGCUAACUGCUAAUCUACCGUGCCAUUCUAAUUCAGCAGCGGCAUCUUUUGGGUGAUUCUAAAACGAUGAUGCUACCUGUUCUGUCCCAUCAUCAAAAGAUCCUCCGUUACGAUUCACUUGCAAAGAGGUGAGUAUAUUCCUGGUCAGUAUUCAUCCUUUAUUCAACAUCACUGAAGAAGAUUAUUUUCCCUUUUUUUUUUGGAGCUUGCUGUGCAUAGAGUGGGUGCUGGCUUACCCACUGAAGGGCCUGCAUUUUGCACAUUCAUGAUUGACUUUGCAAGGUCGAGUAAACACAGUCUGAACUUUAAAUGGAGAAGGUGAGCUAGACAUCCUGAUAAUAACAUUUUGUCCAUGAAAAAAGAUAUUGAGCUUUUGCAACCUGAUUAAAGAAACACGUGACUAGACCUAGAGAACAUAAAUUAAGGGUGAAAGGUGAAAUAUUUAGGAGCAACCUGAGGGGGAGCUUCUUCACUUAGAGGGUGGUGCAUGUGUGGAACGAGCUGCCAGCAGAAGUGGUAGAUGGGGGUUCAGUUGGAGCAUGUGUCCAAGCUACGGUCCACCUGUGGGUCAAUGUGAUGAGGCAGAAUAGGUAUGGACUAGAUCUGUCAAUGGGCCUGAUUCUAUGCUGUGUUGUUCUAUGACUCUAGAACCACCCUCGUGUUUUUCUCCUAACUUCACAGAGUAGGCCUGUGGAUUUCAUUUGAAGUUUCCAUCUGAGAACGGAUUUCCAUGUGGAAUUGUGUGCCUUGGAAGUCUUUAUCAACACUAUUGCGGAGUUACACCGCUUACACUGAGCCGGGUUCAUUCUGGUGAUCAGUGGGCUUCCUGGAUGUCAAGGGGCAAGUCUGAAUGAUCUUGUGCUGAUGCUCGUCCCGAGUUAAGUCUGCUGCCCGUUGGCACCUAGUGCUGAAUUGACAGAUGCGUUGUGUCACUGGAGGAACCGUCUGGUUCUGACAGCUGCAACUCUCCUUUGGAGGCACUGAGCAAAAACCCAAGAAUGUUUUGAACCCAACGUGCGGUAAUGAUCUUCACUUGUUUACUCUGCAGCUUAUUAUUCCCCCUAUAUGUUGCAGACCCUUAACGUUGUACUGUUGAGUUGUCAAGCACCCAUUUAUGCUAACUCCAUUUUGUUCCUCUGCAUUUCUGUCAAUGCCCCCCCCACCAGAUUCUGCCACUGCCCUUCAACUGGAAGCAAUUAAAAGUAGCCAGUUAACCACCUCCCCCCCCCCCACCCCAACCAUCGUCUCAUGGAGAUGCAACAAAAUAUUGCAAUAGCUCCUCAGCUCAGGUAGCAUCUGUGGAAGGAGAAACAGUUCCUGUUUCAGAUCUUAGGUUCUCAGGCUGAUGUUCCACCACAGCACAUUUCCGGAGUAACGUACCAACACCCGCUGAGGCUCCUGAUCUCACUGCCCUACUCAUGAACAAUGAUCAAAAUGCUGGAGGAACUCAGCAGGUCAGACAGAACCUAUGGUGGGAAUAAGCCGUCAACAUUUCAUGCCGAGACCCUGCUGACUUUCUCCAGCAUGUUGUAUGUGGCUUUAGAUUUCCAGCAUCUAUAGAAUCUCUCGUGGUAAUGAACAAUGAUCAUUGUGUAAAUCCAGAGUACUUUGCAGUAUUCUUAUAGAACCAAAUGUGAACAUAACCAGAGAUGUGAUUCAUAAGAAAUUUUCUGUGAAUGACGUUGCUGUCUCUGGACAAAGCAUAUUUUCGUGUGUGUGUGGGCCAAGUGCAAGGUAUAUUUAAAAAAAAAUAAAGGGUUUCCUGUUUGAA